GUCCCAGGUGAGGCCGCCGGGUAGGAAGCACGCGCUAGUUUGGUGGACGUGUCGGGUUCUGCGUCACUUCCUCCCGGAAACGCUUUAAAAUAACCAGAAGUAGAGUUUAUUAUCAUAACACCAGUGCGCAGGGUUUAGUGUGAGACAUGUCUCCCUCAGGAGUGGACAAGGGGACACUCUGUCUGUUCGAUGUGGACGGAACUCUAACUGCAGCGCGCCAGAAAGUCACUCCGCACAUGCAGGAGUUCCUGAGUAAACUGAGGCAGCGGGUUCGAGUCGGCGUCGUCGGUGGUUCAGAUCUAAACAAGAUCAAGGAGCAGCUGGGUGACGACGUGAUUGAAAGAGUGGAUUAUGUUUUUGCUGAGAACGGUUUGGUCGCCUACAGAUUCGGACAGCUUCAUUCUGUACAGAGUAUCCAGGCGUAUCUUGGGGAGGAGAUCCUGCAGGAGUUCAUUAAUUUCUGUUUAGAUUACAUGGCGAAGAUCACGCUGCCGCGGAAGAGAGGAACCUUUAUAGAGUUCAGGAACGGGAUGCUGAACAUCUCCCCCAUCGGCCGCAGCUGCAGUCAGCAGGAGCGCAUCGAGUUCUUCCAGCUGGACCAGAAAGAGAAGAUCCGCGAGAAGUUUGUGGCGGUUCUGAAAGAAAAGUUUGGAGGGAGAGGACUGGCCUUCUCUAUCGGAGGUCAGAUCAGCUUCGAUGUGUUUCCGGAAGGUUGGGAUAAGCGUUACUGUUUGGGAAUCGUAGAGCAGGACGGGUAUCAGACCAUCCACUUCUUUGGAGAUAAAACUAAACCGGGAGGGAACGAUUACGAGAUCUACACAGACUCCCGAACCAUCGGCCACGAGGUCACGUCCCCCGACGACACGCAGCGGAUCUGUGAGGGCCUCCUCUUCAGCUGAGUUCUCCUCUGGGUUCUCCGCUGUAUGAAGGACCUGCGCUGUGUGAAGUGAACCUCACCCUCCUGGGACUGUCGGGACUCUGUGGUGCUGGGGUUUAACUCCAGUUACUCAUUUAAUCAAGUUUAAAUCUCAUCUCUCUCACAGUAACGCUGCACUUAAAGCCAGGAAGAUAUAAAGAUCAAUGUGUUAUUAACUGGACCUUAUACGAGUUCUGUAACUGAAUCAGUAUGUAUAUGUGUGUGUGUGUGUGUGUGUAUAUCACAGGCAAAACACGGUGUUGGUGCUGAACAGUGUGUCACCUACAGUGGGUGAAGAAAGGAAUUGUCACACCGGAUCAUAACACCGUUCUUCAUAACACUUAACGUUUCUUAUUUCCUGAUCCGGCCUUAUUUU